AGGCUCUUCGCCGGACCUUUCAGUCUUCAAUUUUGGAGCAGCGCCAAGACACAAUCCUUCUCGCAACGAAGGGCCAUGCCACUUCGAAUAUCGAGUUGCCUGAACUGGCCUACUCGCUGCCAUGAUGUCAUCUUCCGCACCCCAGAGCUCGCAAAGCAGCCCACAAAGUCCACAAGUCUGCCCACUCAUCCCGUCUCCACUUGAAGGGGGGCCCAACGGCGGUGCUCCCUCAGCCACCGCAGAAGAGCUCUUGCGUUCGCUUCAAACCCACGCCGCAGACAAUGGCUAUGCCAUCACGCGCAAAAACGCAGCUAAUUACCGUGAUGGCAAACCAACGCGGUACACCAUCUGCUGCGAUCGCGGCAAGAAGCGCGAAUCACGGAGCAAGGGCAUCCGCCAGGUAAAGACACGCCUCGACGGCUGUGAGUUCCGCGGCGUUAUCAAGGCUGCUAAGAUCGACGACGGGAAGUGGACGUUUCAGGUCAAGAACCCGAAGAUUUUGGUGUCGGCGCUCUCGAAUAAUGGGAUUAAGACAAUGGGGAUCAUGAAGUCUCUGCAGGAGCAUUAUCCCGAUAUUGCCGUCAGGUCGAAGGAUAUCAACAAUUAUGUUCAGCAGCUCAAGCAGCCCAAGGAAGCAAAGUCUGAGGGAUGAGGCAAUUUGGCAUAGGGUGAAUAUGGUGGAAAUGACCUGGAAUGCGCUCAUCCACAGAACACGAUCCUCCAGAGUGAGAAAUCCGGUUCGAUUGACAUGGCUUUGUGCUUGAAGGGGUCGGAGACAGCGUUUCAGGCGAAGGUCCUAACCCAGCAGAACACGAGCUCCCAGAUGGUCAAGGCACUUACGGAGUCCAAAGAAAUGUAGGACAGCUUAAUUCCGUUAGUGCGACAACAUCAAGCUUGCGCAAGAAAAUCAGUUCUUGAGGAAU